UGAAUGAAUGAACGUCAUUUCUCGCCGCUAGAGUAAUCAAUCGUUGACUGUUUUACGAUGAUAAUAUUCCUGAAAAAGGAAUUUGGUCGAUUUCAUCUAUGAGAAGUUACAAUUUAUUUGUGAAUAAUAUGAUUUUCUAGUGUUCUCAUUAAUUUUAAGCGUGUAAAAAUGAAGUUCAUGAAGCUUUGGUGUCUAUUCAGUUUUUGUACAAUUCAGAUACAAGGUUCGACGCAUUGGAUGGUCACUGAAGGAGGUCUUAUCCAGCCUAGGCUGGAUUCUCCAUUUGAAUUGGCAAAACCUUAUGACUUGCUCGCAUUUCUCAAUCAAGAUACUCGUUGGGAAAAUAUUGUUAAUUUACAUUAUAGCUUGUCUAAAAGACAACAAAUAAUAAGAAAACUAUGGGCUGAACUAAAGAAGAAUACUGAUGUCACAACUAUAUUCAAUGAAAAUGAUUAUUGUGUGAGAGCGGGCCAAUUACAUACCGUAGACUGGUAUACAUCCUCUUUGGAAGAAGGUAAAACGAGACUUGGUACAGAAGAGUUUCCAGUCCGUAAUUUAAAUUAUGGUGAUGGUGAUAUUCCUGAUUGUAAACGGAUUUCGUCUUUGACAUUUAGUAUGUGUGCGUUUGAACAUUUGGAGAGUAUGAAAAAGAGGGAAAAUUUGAGUGCAAGUCCUGAAACUUCUAUGCCAGAGAAUAUGUCACCGAAGAAUUCAGAUAUAUCUGAUAUGAGUGUGGAUCAGUUUGGUCAUUGGCUGGCUGGAGUUCUUAAAAAGAACAGUUCCUCAUGGAUACAUUACAAUAUGGCUUCUUUGUACUGGAGGGUUAGGGGAAAUGCUCCUAAGGCUAUUGAAUGCAGCCGAAGGGCAGUGCAUUAUGCACCGAGGGAAUACAAAGACAUUCCUCUGUUGAGCAUGGGAUUGAUACUUCAUCGUAGCAAAGUAUCCGAUGAUGCCGUAAUAGUACUCGGUGCAGCAGUGGACCAUGAUGUGCACUGUCCCAUCAACCAUUUUAUACUUGCCAAUGCAUUUGCAGUAGUCGGUGAUUUCAAUAGCUCCGUGAAGCAUUAUGAUAUAUGUCUGAAGUUAAACCCUACAUUCAGCUUGGCUGAUAAACAUAGGAAUGCUGUUUUGUGCAAUGCCUACUUCAUGGGGAAAAUGGAAAUUGUUAAAGAUACUCUGAGCAAACUCCGAGAAGAAUUGACAAAGUAUGGAGAGAGAGAAUCUCUGUGGAUGAAAUCACAAGCUGCUUUACUUAGGACUAUGAAACAGACUGAGGAAUAUGAUUACAGGGAUGCCAACAAAAACUUUGAUAAAAUUGCGGAAUUAACGGGACUGAAUAUAAAGGAUGUAAAAGCUGAAGGGGAUAAAUAUUCCCUCAUACAAUACUUCUUAGAUGGACCGACAUACAAUGAGAAUUGGUUGAAGGAAAAAGGUGUUAUGAUCUAUGACUCAGCAAACAGUUUGCAAAGGCUGGUCAAACAUAUAGGCAGGCAUGUGAAUAUUAAUACAGAAAAUUUGCCUCCGGACGAAGAGCUAAAUAUGGCUGAUGAGGAAAUAUUGAAGGAAAUCGGCCCCAUACCUACAUUCCCGGAUUUAUUCCCUGACGUUAUUAAAGAUUAUUCAACCAAUACAAUAAUUGAAGAGGAGCUAGAGGGAGUGAAAGUAGAGAAACCAAUAGAAAUAGAGCCUCCUAAGGCGCAGAUUAAAGAGAAGAAGAAAGAAUCGCCGCCCGCUAAGAAGGCGGCGCCUGUAGAUAUUGAGGAAAACAUAUCGGAAUAUGAUACAGGGAUUAUAUUAUACCCAACUACAUUAAAAAUAAGCAGAAAUACAGAAGAUUUUGACACAGAUUCGGAAUGGCCUACGAAUAAGCAGUGCAAAGACCAUUCGGACAUUUUCCCUGAGAAUUUAGAGGCCGUUUAUCAAAUAUUUUUACCUUUCGAGAAUAAGGGAAUAAGACUAAAAACGUUACUGACUGAUAAAAUCGGGGUGCCGGCUAAUGUGGAACAUGAGCUGCCGUGGCAUCCCCCGACCUGCCCCAAUGAUAAGGAAGCAGCUACCUUCACACAGAAGAAAUCACAGAAGCCGCAGAUAUUUAGCGAUGUAAUCGUAACGAAGCACCUUCGCGAGAAGCUCCUGGAGUACGUAGCGAACGGAGACACGGAGUCAGUGCGGACCAUGCAGGACGCUGAGGUCGGACAGAGGAUAUACAGUGCCAUGCAGAUGAAAUUAGCUCCGAAAUGGCUGCUGUACACUCUAUCCUCGUUAUACUGGCGGGUGCGUGGGAACAAUGUGAACGCUCUACACUGCAUUCUGACGGCCAGUCGCACCGUGGAACCACGGUUCAAAGAUAUCGUGCUUGUUUCCUUAGCGUCUAUUUAUCUGGAGAUGGGCUACUUCGAUGAAGCCCUCGGAGCUGCCGAGGAGGCCUUCAAAUUGAGUUUGUAUGAGCCGUCAACAAACUUUAUUCUAGCGGAGUUGAAUAUGAUAAAGAAACACCGCAACACACACAUGUUCCACUUGAAGCAAGUCAUUCGAGUGGAGCCCGGGUUCAUGGGCGGACUCGCCCGUUCCAUGCUGUAUGGGUGGUCCUGUCUGUUCAAACAAGUUAAUGUGCUGCAAGACAUAGAAUUCGGUGACGGCGAAAUAUGCACACAGGUAGAGCCAGGAAUGAGUAUGGUGUGUGAGAAGGAUGGCACAAACUGCCAUCUCACUAAUAUACAAUGUUAUAGUGCACAAGAAAAAGAAAGCAGCACUUUAGUCAGAAUGCUUGAACUAAAAGACGAUAAUAUCCAGGGUGCCCCCGUUGAGGAAAUGGAUGAUGGAGUAUUCGACCGGUUCCAAAGAGAUAUGCCGAAGGAAAGAACCGAUCGGUUGGCACACCAGAAAAACUUUGAAGCCAUGAUGAAGACUGUUGGCAAAGAGUUGAAGGGAUGCGGCGAUAGGGGCUGUGCAAGUAACUUUUAUUUUGAUAUUCAGGCAGAAGACUUGGAACUCACGGAAGAAGAUUGUACGUACCAGCAUUUGGAACUGGGUUAUUGGCUGCAUAUUAUCAGUUUUAGAGAACUGCUCAGUGAUGCUGAUCCAAAAUUACCAUCAGACAUACUCUCAUUGACCCCAUCGAAUAAGAAGACCCCAGAAUGUCGUUUAGACGUGGAUCCUUCAAAGGAUUUCUUCCUAGAACGGUUCAUGAGGGUUGAUAGUGAAGGUUGGGAGCCAGUACUGAGUCUCAUGCAUCAGUUUGCAGACGUUUUCAAUUAUUAUGACUAUGUCACGCUUGGAGCGAAGAUCGCUAGGUAUAUGGAGUUGCACCCGACGAGCUGGGCGGGCGCGGCGGUGGCGGGGUGGUGGUGCGGCGCGGGCGGGCGCGGGGGCUGCGCGCGGCGCUGCCUGGCCGCGGCACACGCACGCACGCCGUCUGCGCGACCCCCGCACGCCGCGCGCGCACUCACGGCACUGCUGCACAUACAAAACAAGAUAAAAGAUGCGAAGGAAAUAGCCUACCUCUCACUGUACACGAAACCUAAGAGUAGAAUAGAAUCGUUCCUGGUGGCUGUGUCUCAUACAUACUUGUCGGAAUACGAGCCUGCAGUGUGGAUGUACCGCUACUCUCUCACCUUUGACGAGAAGUUCCUCCCAGCGAAGGCAUGUCUCCACGCUACCAUGUGUCUGAUGCUCUUCGGCGACGCGGCGAAAGCGAAACCUAAGGAAGACUAAACAUAGACAAGCUUUAAUAUACCGGGCAUUAUCAAUUUAUAACGACUGACGCUUCGAUAAACGAUCAAAUGAUUUACCAAUUAAAGUCUCAAUUUCAAUAGCAGUUUUGGCUUGAUUUUCUCUAAUGGGCUGUCUCCACUAUCUGUGUAUUUGCUUAUUAGAGAAGGAAUUUUGACAUAAGCUCAAUACAAUAUGUGUCAUAGUUCUAUUUCUAGUAAGAAAAUCUUAGUAUAAUAUGAAGAUUAUUGCAAAUAUCUGUAGUUCGUUCCUAAUUCGUUUUAUAAUAUAAUUGGCUUGUAAGUUUUAAUUGUUUUUUUUUUUUAUAAGCAAGCUUUGUAUAUCUAUGUUGAUUCUAUCUACUUGAAUACAUAAUUGUCACUUCAGCCUAUGUUUGUUACUAUAUAGGGAUACUGAGUAUCUUCUUUUCCUACAAUACUUCUCUGUUUUUUUAAUACAUAGUUGAGAAAAUCAAGCUAAAACAGCGCAAUUUUGAGACCUAUCUUAAUCAUGUAGUAUGACAACAGUAACAUAAGCAGUACUAUUCACUAUUCAGAUUGAUGUAUUAAUACAAUUAUGUAAUAUUAAAUUAUUUCUGUAUUCAAAUAAAUAAUAAUAAUACCUAUAUACUCUUCGUACAGCUUUUAAUAUACAUAUAGUUGCAUUUUUUAUAUUUCGAUGUAUCGUACAGACUAUAUAAUGACAAUAUUAUACGAAUAGUAGCCACGUGUUUUGAUAAUUAGUUGAACCCAUGAAGCAAAUACAAAGAGAUGUCAUAACUGGAUUUCCCUCUAACAUAAUGCGUGACACUUUACAGGGAGCGCGGGACUUUACAAACCACGCACCUCUAUUUUUCAUCUAGCAGUCGCAUACUACAAAAAUGUGGCCAAUUGUCCACAUUUUAAUGUGUUUACUUAUCAUUGAACAGAGCCGUUUUUUUGUGUCAUCGUGCACAAUCUCGUCUUUGUACUUGCCUCAUAUAUGGUUGUACCUUUGUUUUGUUACUAAGGCUCAAAACUCUUUGAUAUAUUUUCUAAUUUAUCGAUCAAAUUACUAUGUAUUUUCUGUACCAUUGCGCUAUAAAAAAUUUUCUUUCUGCUUAAGGACGAUAUUUUAGUUAUAAGUAGAUUUUUUUCAACGAAUAUCGCUCGUUUUUAUCUUAGAAAAGAAAUACCGACUGUCUGUAUGUAGGACUGGAUUUUUCUGAUAUUCUUAUAUUUAAAUUAUGUCAUUAAAAUAUACAACGAUAAUUAUAUAGAUAAGUAAACUUAUUGCCCCAUGUAAUCAUAGUGCAAAACGUUAGUCGAGUUUUUGUAUUUUAGUUGAAUUAUUUUCCGCCUAAGUAUGUUACGUUGAGUCAUUCCUAUGUUGUCGUGCUCAUGUUUUUAAGAAUAAUACGAAACACUUUAUGGUUUCUUUAUGUAACUAGUCAUAUGUUGAAAUAAAUUAGUACUAAGAGCAUAAUUUGUUUAAGCCUUUCUUGUUGUCUCUUUCCAGCACUUGUUUAAAACGAUUGCGGGAAAGAGACGAAACAAAUGAGCAUCAAACAAAUAACGUUCUAAGUGACAUGUAUUUAUUUCGACGUUAUUGCCCUUAUUACAGGGACAUAAGAUUCAAUUUUGUGUCCGUAAGAAAGUUUUUAUAAGUUCCAGAAGUACAUUGGUUAGAACAAAUGUUUAUAAUUUACCUGUUACCGUGUAUUUACUAUUUGUUGCAGUUACAUUUGUUUAGACAUUUAAGACUGACGUGUUUUUCAAUUCCAAUAAACUUUCUAAAUUGCAA